UAUCCUAGCACAUUGGUAGCCUGUUUUUAAAGACAUAGGCUAUCCGCAUUGUAAUUCGCACGCAAACAUUAGAUAACUAUUUACAACACUACGCACCAUAGAAUCAUAUGAUACCAACAGAAGAUGUCAGUCACGGAGAUGUUCAGCUACAUUCAGGGGUUUUUGAGCGCAGAUCAAGACAUUCGAGAGGAUAUUAGGAAAGUUGUCCAAGUGCUUGAGCAGACAGCGAGGGAGAUUCUGACUGUUCUCCAAAGCGUGCAUCAACCGAGUGGUUUCAAAGAUAUUCCAAGCAAAUGUCUUCGGGCCCGAGAACUGUUUUGCACAGUAAGAACUCAAAUCGGAGAGCUGAAAACAAAGUUUCCAGUGGAACAGUACUACCGGUUUCAUGAACACUGGAGAUUUGUUCUUCAGCGGCUUGCCUUCCUUGCAGCGUUUGUCGUCUACUUGGAGAGUGAAUCCUUGGUGACCCGUGAGGAGGUGGCUAAAAUCUUAGGAAUUGAAAUUGACAGAGAGAAAGGCUUUCAUCUGGACGUUGAAGACUAUUUAGCGGGUGUUCUGAUCAUGGCCAGUGAGCUGUCCAGACUGGCCGUCAACAGUGUGACAGCAGGGGACUACAGCCGUCCUCUGCGCAUCUCCAACUUCAUUAAUGAACUGGACUCAGGCUUUCGCCUGCUCAACCUCAAGAACGAUCCGCUCCGCAAACGCUACGACGGCCUCAAGUACGACGUCAAAAAGAUUGAAGAGGUGGUAUACGAUCUCUCCAUCCGUGGACUGGCUAAGGAGCAGGAGGCCGGUGGAGAUAAGUAGAGCCAGAUGGGGGGGGGGCCAGGGGGGAGCGGAGGCCAUGAGGGUGCUGUCCUGGCUGGGACUCUCCAUGUCUGGUACAGUGCAAGCUCAACCUGCUAUAUGUUAGCAGGAAAAAGCAAAGUAUGGAGAUAUCAGAUCUCCAGCAGCCUUGGACAUUGGCAUAUUUGUAGAGCCGCCUGUCCUCCACACUGGAAGGCUGUUUGAAGUCCACUGUUUAAUGAGGAGACGUUCAGUAUUUCGUUGAGAAAACGUUUAUUCAUGUACAGAUGCAUUGACUCUGCCUGUUGUUAUAUUUGAUUGGUUAUGCUCUUUUACUGUUUCUGCAUUGUUUUGUUUUGUUUUGUUUUUUUAUACUGGUCAUCGUAUUUGAGAAACAUCAAUGUAUAGCCAAACGCGGAGGAGCAAAGAGGAUCAAGAUAACAGGUCAUGUUGUUUUGUGUUAGUUGUUAGAGCGUGAUAUGAUGCAUCUGUGAAGGAAACUUGAAGAAAUAAAAUUUUGUCAUGGAUUUUGAGGAAUCUUAUAUGUUCUGGAGGGUCAGGUUAUCUGUUUCUGUCUGAUGGAAUUAUGUCUAUUAAAACCUUUCCCUGAGAAUGAAAUCUGCUAACAUUGGGGAUGUGUUUAGUUAAUCAUCCAAAUAAUUACAAAAGCGUUCAGGAUUUUUUGUUCUGUUUUAAGAAAUCAAAAAAAAAAAAUCUUGCUACACAUUGAGAAAUUUAUGCAAAGCGUGGUUUGUUCCAGUUACUGCAGAAAGAGGGCACCAAAGAAAUGGCUUGCAAGUCGUGGUUGUGCUAUUCAUACAACCUGCUUCCGAUUCACUUUAAACAAAACAAAGCAGUAUUUCCAUUGUGACAAAGUUGAGCAUCUGUAAGCACCUUCAGUUAGUUUCUACUCUUUCAUUUUCUGGCAAAACUCUGUGCCAAUUCAGCUGUUUUGUUUAUGGAUGUAUAGCUUGCCUUUGAAUUCUUGGUGACAUGGAUGUUCGCUGCUUUGCCCUUGGGUGUGUUGUCCUUCUCUGUGCGUAUGCAUUUGUUUUUUAAGUCUUAAUUGUGAUCAGAAUAUUUGUCACAAAGCAUUUGUCUUAAUAUGCUUAAAGCAAUCCUCCAACCUCCAUCCAUAAAUGUAAGCAAUAAAAAUAACAUCUUUUACUACUAUUGCAGCUUACCCCUUGUUUACUGGAAUUCAAUAAAGAGAGACCUUACUGUU